CUGCAGGCAACCUACACAGUAUCGAAAAAGAUCAAAACGUUUCCAACCGUUGGAUCUUCAUUUCAUCUCUCCUUCUUCUUCUUCCUCUCUCUCUCUACCAUCUGACCUGUGGGUUUGCAGAUAUUCAAACAACUCACCCCCAUUUUGCUCGCCUCUCUCUCUCUCCGAUUCUCAAGAGCUGGUUAGGGUUCUUCGAUUCCAAUCGAAAAAUCGUACCUUUCUCUCGAUUUCAGCGGAUUGUCGAAUCCGAAGUGUGUAAUCAAUCCUCACCCUGAAAAGAUAGCAGAGAAACGAGGAGGAGGAGGAUGAGGGAUUCGAGCGUGAUGAUGCCUGUGGAGAUGGCGCGAAUCUUCGCGACGGGGAUGAAGAAUUGGUGGGAGGAGGUUAACGAGUCAACUCAGUGGCAAGAUGGGAUCUUCUUCUCUCUCUGUGGAGCUUACGCUCUUGUCUCAGCCAUCGCUCUUGUUCAAUUGGUGAGGAUCCAAAUGAGAGUGCCUGAAUAUGGCUGGACCACUCAGAAGGUGUUUCAUCUUAUGAACUUUGUCGUCAAUGGAGUUCGUGCGGUUCUAUUUGGAUUUCACCAUCAAGUCUUUCUCGUGCAUCCCAAGGCUCUUUGCUGGAUAUUAUUGGAUCUUCCGGGCCUCCUCUUUUUCUCGGCAUACACACUGCUCGUUCUGUUCUGGGCAGAGAUAUAUCACCAGGCGAGAAGCUUACCAACUGAUAAGCUGCGGAUAACCUAUAUCUCAGUCAAUGUGGCUGUCUAUUUGGCUCAGGUUGUAAUCUGGGUAUGCAUCUGGGUAAAUGAUAACAGCACCGUGGAGUUAGUUGGAAAGAUAUUUAUGGCAGUUGUGUCUUUCAUCGCUGCGUUAGGCUUCUUGCUUUACGGAGGAAGAUUGUUUAUUAUGCUAAGAAGGUUCCCCAUUGAGUCAAAAGGGAGAAGGAAGAAGCUCCAUGAGGUUGGAUCUGUGACAGCCAUAUGCUUCACUUGCUUCCUCAUAAGAUGCAUUGUGGUGGGUGUGUCAGCAUUUGACAGGGAUUUAACGCUGGAUGUUCUUGAUCACCCAGUUCUGAACUUAAUCUACUAUAUGGUGGUAGAAGUACUUCCAUCGGCACUAGUCCUCUUCAUUCUCCGUAAGCUACCUCCAAAGAGAGUAUCAGCUCAGUACCAUCCGAUCCAGUAGACUCGUUUUUUUUUUACCUGAAGCCAUCACACGGUGACUCUGAUGAUGUUGCAAGAGAUAGAGAGUAAAAUGUGGUCAAGAUUUGCUGGCGGAUGUUUGAUUGUUAUGUUAUGUUUGGUUGAAAAUAAUAACACAACCAAUUAAUUGCCAACUCUUUUUGUUUUUUUGGUAGCAAAUGGUACACUGUUCUGACCAUAAUAAACCGAAUUGAGCAUUGGUAUCAAA